AUGGGAAGCAUGGCCGUCCCCUCUAAAGACCGAGUCGAGCCCGGCUCAGUCAACAUCCCCCCGUUUACCAACUUCCCCACCGCAACCAGCAACCCCGACACCAUUGACGCUACCAGAGUCGCCGAAGACCUCAUCCGGACCUUCAACACUGCACUAGAGGGAAAGAAUUACACUACCAUCUCGGACCUCUUCCUUGAAGACAACGGGUUCUGGCGCGACCAUCUGGCUCUGACGUGGGAACUUCGCACGCUGCAGGGCCGGGGUAAGAUCUUGGAGUGCUUGAAAUCGAGCAAGCAUCCAUUGACGAGGAUUGAGAUUAACACAUCCGCCGCGCAUAACAAGCCUCAUGUCGAGCCUAUAGAUGCGUCUGAUGACGUCAACGGUGUGCAAUUCUUCAUUCAAUUCGAGACGGACAUUGGGCGUGGAGAGGGUGUGGUCAGGCUAGCGGAGGAUAACGGGAAUUGGCGGAUUUUUACGCUGUUCACAGUACUAAAGGAGUUGAAGGGAUUUGAGGAGCCAGUGGGGAAAAGGAGGACGAAGGGAGUGCAACAUGGUGGGAAUCCAGACAGGAAGAAUUGGAAGGAGACGAGGGACGCGGAGGCAAACUUCGAGGGCAAAGAUCCUACCGUGCUUAUUAUUGGUGCAGGACAAGGCGGCCUUACCGUGGCUGCCCGCCUAAAGAUGCUCAGUGUUCCCGCGUUGAUGAUAGACUGCAACGAACGCGUUGGAGACAACUGGCGGAAGCGAUACCACCAACUCGUCCUUCACGAUGCCGUCUGGUACGAUCACAUGCCCUAUAUCCUUUUUCCGCCUCAUUGGCCGGUGUUUACUCCCAAAGACAAACUUGCAGAAUUCUUCGAAGCCUAUGUGAAGCUCCUGGAGCUUAACGUCUGGACAUCCACUGAACUGAAAUCAACCUCUUGGGACGAAUCAAAGAAGAUCUGGACUGUCACCGUCGAACGCAGGAAACUUGACGGCACCACCGAAACACGCACUCUGCAUCCCCGCCACAUCAUCCAAGCCACAGGCCACUCAGGCAAGAAGAAUCUCCCCGACAUUGAAGGCAUGCAAGACUUCCGCGGCGAUCGUCUGUGCCACAGCUCCGAAUUCCCCGGCGCGUCGCCCAACGCCAAGGGCAAGAAAGCCGUUGUGGUCGGGUCUUGCAACUCGGGUCACGACAUUGCGCAGGACUUCUACGAGAAGGGAUACGAUGUUACCAUGGUGCAGCGCAGCACAACGUGCGUUAUUUCGUCCGAGUCGAUUGUGGAGCUUGGGCUGAAGGGUCUGUACGAGGAGGAUGGUCCGCCGGUCGAAGACGCUGAUGUCCUUAACUGGAGCUGGCCCAGCUCGGUGUUCAAAGCGAAGCAGAUGAAGCUGACGCAAAGGCAACAUGAGCACGACAAGGAGACGUUGGAGGGACUGCGAAAAGCUGGGUUCCGCUUGGAUAGCGGACCGAAUGAUGCGGGAUUGAUGAUGAAGUACUACCAGCGCGGCGGAGGGUACUAUAUCGAUGUCGGCGCUUCGCAGCUUAUCAUCGAUGGGAAGAUCAAGAUCAAACAGGGGCAAGAAAUCUCCAAGAUACUCCCUGACGGAAUCGAGUUCGCCGACGGAUCAAGGUUGCAGGCCGAUGAGAUCGUGUUUGCUACAGGCUAUCAAAACAUGCGCACACAGGCACGUUUGAUCUUUGGGGAUGAUGUUGCGGACCGCGUGGGCGACGUCUGGGGCUUGAAUGACGAGGGCGAGUUUAGGACCAUAUGGCAGAGGACCGGACAUCCAGGGUUCUGGUUCAUGGGAGGCAACCUGGCUAUGUCGAGGUACAUGUCCAGGAUUCUAGCGCUGCAAAUCAAGGCGCAGGAGGAGGGCAUAUUGUGA